GAGAAAACCUCAAAUCCGGAGAACAUGGUUAGGAACGCCUUCAAUUCUCGGGGUUCUGGCCUUUUGGGGGCUUUUGUGGGAGGGAAUCCUGCAAUACUUUAAGACUAUAUCUUCCCCUCAACUCUCUCAGCAAACAAGUAUCUGCGCCCCACAAAUCAAAAGCUGUCAAUACCCUGUCUUUCCACUUACUGUCAUCAAUACUCACCAUGGCUUUGGGCACCUUCUGGAAGAAGUUGUCGAAGACACAACUCUCUGUCUUCAUACAAACCUUCAGUCUGAUUGCCAUAUUCUUUGAGGGAUAUGACCAGGGAGUUAUGGGAGGCGUCAAUGCCAGCCCCAAUUAUGUUGUGGAGGUUGGCAUUGGUCUCCCAGAUGGAACAGUCACAAAUACUACCCAUCAAGGGGGUAUCGUCUCCAUUUACUAUCUCGGCGCAAUCGUGGGCGCCUUCGUUGGUGGCUGGAUUGCAGACAGAAUUGGCCGUAUCAAUGGUGUCUUCCUAGCGGCAAUAUUCGCUCUUGCCGGUGGUGCUCUGCAGGCGGCUACUCAAUCCUCUGACUUCAUCUUGGUUGCUCGAGUGGUCACUGGACUUGGUACCGGCGCACUCACUGCGAUCGUCCCGGUGUACAUUGCAGAAGUCUCCUCAGCAGGUCAUCGUGGAGGCUUCCUUGGAUACGUGUUCAUUGCGAACUACCUAGGAAUUAGUGUUGCAUACUGGCUUGACUUUGGACUUUCCUUCGUCGAUAAUGGAACGUCGGUAGUCAGAUGGCGCUUCCUUCUGGCAUUUCAAUGCUUUCCAGCACUUCUGUUGUUGGCAGGUAUUAAAUUCCUGCCGGAUUCUCCCCGAUACCUGGCUUCUGUCGGGCGAUUCGAAGAUGCUAAAGAGGUCCUCGAGCACAUUCGAGGUAGCACCGGGCCCGAAGUCGAGAAGGAGUUCCUUGAGAUCUGUGCCGUUGCUGAAGGUACCCAGCCAAGCUCACCCGUACAAUUCGUCAAAGUUCUCCUUGGACGUGCGACCAAUGGAGCCCAUCUUGGGAGGCGAGCGUGGCUUUGCCUUUGGCUCCAAAUUAUGGCAUCCUGGACGGGUAUCACUGCCGUCACGGCAUAUUCUCCAGUCCUAUUGAAACAAGCAGGCUACAGCUCUAUUAAGCAAGCUGGUCUUGCUGGAGGCCUUAACACUAUCGGGAUAAUCGGUACCAUCAUCAGUGCUCAAAUUGUUGACAGAAUUGGGCGUAGACGCUGUCUGCUUGGAGGCGCAUUUGGUCUCUUCCUCGUCAAUCUCAUCGCAGCUUCGCUCUAUGAGGGGUCCGUCCACAACCCUUCAAAGGCAUCGUCCUUUGCUCCUGCGGCCGUCACCAUGUUGUUCCUUUUCAACCUCAUCUACGCCGCUACCUGGGGCACCGUCGCGUUUCUGAUCCCCACGGAAAUAUUCCCAUCGGAAAUGAGAGCACAAGGAAACGGGUUCGGCAUAACAGGAUGGGCCAUUGGCGUCGGCUGGACAGUCCUAGUCAACCCUAUCAUGUUCGCUCAUCUCAAAUCCCGAACGUACUUUCUCUUCGCAGGCCUGAACCUCCUCUGGAUUCCGAUUGUUUAUUUCUUCUACCCUGAGACGGCUGAUCGAUCAUUGGAGUCGAUUGAGGCAAUGUUCUCGUCGAAGAGCCCAUUUUAUUCCAAGAUGGAGCAGGCAUACAAAGCGGAGGGAGAUGUAUUGGCUGUGCGCCACUUGUCUUUCUCAAAUCCACCCCAGGCGGCCAGAAAUCUCGGUCAUGAGCAUAAUGAUGACUCCUUCGAACACUCUGAGAAAGCUUCCGACAAUGCUUAGACAUCACAAGGUGCAGUAAGAAUGUAGGAGAAAGACAGAGGAGCAGUCGUAAUGACGAGAAGGAAAGCUGUAUCUAUCCCAAUAAUUACCCACAUCGCUUCC